GCCGCCAUUGCGCAGAACCGGCUGAUCGCGGGAACCAGUUGAGAGACUGACUCCUCCUCUGCAGUUUGGUAAAAGGACUGUCUUCGGUGAAAGUAGUGUAACCACCUAAAUCAGGAUUAUCUUUCAUCUUACACUUAGUGAGCAGAAAUGAGUAAAAAAGCAGAAAAAAGCAGUUCCGUGCGAGAGAGACGUGCACGUCAAAGUUCUCCUGAGAGAGCCAGUGAGAUGGAGGAGAAGAUAAUGAAACGGGUAGAGCGGCAGUUAAAAGGGCUGACAUUUCAAAACCCCGGGCCUCAGGUCGCCAACUUUAAUCCUAAAAUAAGGCAGCAGCAGAAGAAAGAGCAAAUGUCAAAGAAGAAAGAAUUGUCUUCUCCAAAGCCCGAAACCAAGAAGUAUGACAGAAAGGGCAGGCUCCUCGUCAAUCAGGCUGACCUGUGUGAUUGCCUCGAUGAAGACUGCCUGGGUUGCUUCUACCCGUGCCCCAAGUGUAACUCCACCAAGUGCGGGCCCACGUGCCGCUGCAGCCGCCGCUGGGCCUACACCAGCAUGCUCGAUGAGAGUGGGGAGGUCAUCAGCAAGAUGCCAUUCAACGUCUCCGACUAGGAGCAGCCCUCCAGGCUGAUCAAGUUUCUCUUCGUUGCAGUUAAACCAGCCUCUUUCUCCUGGGUGAAUUUUAGGACUGGGGGAAAAAAGUUUGAAAAAUACAGUUUAGACUAGUUAGUGUUCUCUGAAGCCAUAGAAUCCUGUGUAACGCACUGUCCUUCUCUAACCUUCCUGCUGUGACGACUCAAAUUCCUCCCCUGGUAACCAGCAACUCAAUUGCUACUCUGCUCUCAGAUUAAAAAUCCCUUUCCUCUUUGCUGGUAUCUACGGAGAUGGAGGUUUAGGAUUUUUAGAAUUCUGUAGCUGAGAGCUUGUCUUGACAUGGAACAUAUGUUUAUAAUAGCUAGUUACCAUUAGGAUCUUACACAUUAUCAGUUCUAAAUCAGAAUUGCUAUUUGGAUUAACUUGGCACUGCAUACUCGUAGUCUCAUUUUUUAUUAUUACUGUUUUAACAAUACUAAAAUGAAAUUUGUUUUUUAAAAAAAAAGCUUAAUUGGCCACAUGGCCCAGCAUAUGAGCACAAAAGCAGAGAUUCAAUUUAAGUGAUAUGCAAAAUGCCAACUGGAAGCAGACUUCAAAGAACAAAUUUUAAUCUAAUUGUUACAUACAAAUGAUUUAAAAGCAUUUUUUUGGCAGCUAAGGCUACCAGCCACACAGAACUGGCCAAGGUGGUACAAAAUUCCUAAGGCCUAAGUUGCAUUUGGUCUUGGAGGUAUAGGAUUUAAGGAAAUUCAGCUAGUUUCUGCUGACCUCAGUGAAGAUACCAUCUCAGAAGACUGAUGUGAAACAUCUGGGCCAGGUUUGGCAGCUAGUGUGCAAAACUGCUUUUAGGGAAAAUCUCUAUGAAAAUGUUCACACCCACAGCAUCAUCGGGAAAGUUUCUCUUCAGUCAUCUUUGAUACCAAGUUUUAUUCAAAUGAUCUGUAAGAAGAAAGUUGCUUUUCCACUUUUCCAUCUUUACUGCUCAGGAACAUUUAAUUGCUUCUUCUGAAGCUUUGGAUUCGGCACAAAGAGACUUUCCACUGAACACAGUUGUGCAGGCACUGGCUGAGGCUGCAGACGUAAUGGGCUAAAAAUAGACAAAAGGCCCCUAUCUCUAUCCCACCAAAUGGCCAUGUAUGUUUACCCACUAGAAAAUAUUCACCUGAGACCACUUUUUUUUUUUUAAUUUUUAUUUAUUUAUUUAUUUAUUUAUUUAUUUUGUCAUACAUUGAUAUGAAUCAGCCAUAGAUUUACACGUAUUCCCCAUCCCGAUCCCCCCUCCCACCUCCCUCUCCACCCAAUUCCUCUGGGUCUUCCCAGUGCACCAGGCCCGAGCACUUGUCUGAGACCACUUUUGCCUCUGACUAACUCACCCAAAAUCUCUGUGUGGCAAGUUCAUUAAU